AUGGCUCGUUAUGAAAGAUUUGAUGAUGAUACCCCGGCACCAAAAUUUACUAUUGUAACACGAUCAAAUAAUGAAAAAGUUGAUUUAUUUGUUUCACCAGAUAAAACAUUAUCAAUUGAAGAUGAAACAACAACACGUCAUGCACUUAUAACAUUAAAUAUCAUAUCAAUUUUUGUUAGUACAGUUUGUGGUUUAAUAACGUUUUUCUUAGCUGUUGAAGAACAAUCAGUAUCAGCACUUGGUUUUGCUGUUGAUACUAUUCUUGAUGUAUUAGCAUUUUUAACUAUUAUAUGGCGUUUUACAAGUUCAGAUGAACAAGCAAAACGAGAAAAUUACGUAUUAAAAAUAUUGGCAAUACUUUUUUUUAUAUCCGGUUUUGGUGUAUUUAUUGAUUCAGUACUUGAUAUACGUAAUCAAAUUCAUCCAAUACCAAAUCAUUAUUUAGCUGUUGCUGUUACAAUUCAAACAUUUAUAUUUUUUUGUUUAGCAUUUGGAAAAUAUACAGUAGCAAAAAAACUUAAUGUUAUAUCAGCAUAUUCAGAUGCAUUCAAUACAUUUAUAUCUGGUUUAAUGGCAUUGUCAGUCGUUAUUAGUAUAAAAAUUUAUUAUUCAAAUCAAAAUAUUUGGUAUAUUGAUCCAAUAAUGGGAAUGUUUAUUUCAACAAUAAUUAUGGUAUAUGGAAUUUGGAUGAUGUUUAAAUCAUUUAAAAUUAUUUAA